AUGACAUCUCCAUUAACACCACGGCUUCUCGUGCUCUACGGAAGUGAGACUGGCACUGCUCAAGAUGUCGCAGAGUUUAUACAACAGCGUGCAUUCAAUCGUUAUCUUAUGGAUACUCAUGUCUCUUCUAUGAAUGCGUAUCCAGUCGUGGAACUCUUGCCUCAAUGCUCCACCGUUGUCUUCAUCGUGUCAACAACUGGCGAUGGUGAAGCACCUGAGAAUAUGCGCAAUAGUUGGCGCUGUUUGCUGCAAAAAAGUCUGGACAAUCAAUGGCUAACAGGUGUACGUGUUGCUGUCUUUGGACUGGGUGAUUCUAGCUAUGCCAAGUAUAAUGCAGUAGCCAGACGCCUCCAGACACGUCUACUGCAGUUAGGAGCAUUGGAACUUAUUGAACGUGGUUUAGGAGAUGAUCAGCAUAUUUACGGAUACUUUGGAGCGCUCAAUCCAUGGCUGGAGAAGCUCUGGGCAGCUCUUUUACAUUUGUAUCCGCUGCCGGAAGGACAGGCAAUUGAUGAUUCCCCGAAACCAAUCGAGCCUCGUUACUCUGUCACUGUGCAUCAAGAUGGAGAUGAAGCAGUGCAGAUUGCAAAGAUGCUGACGCCGAGAACGGAUAAGUCGAGCUUUUAUGCGCCGCCACGUAUGACGGUGGGGCGUGAGAAGGGUAUUUAUUGGGCUCCUGUUGUAGAAAACAAGCGCAUUACAGCGGACGAUUGGGAGCAGGAUGUACGGCAUUUGGAAUUUGAUAUUAGCGAUGGAUAUGGUACGAGCGACUCAGCUGAAGCUCCAUUUAGAGCUGGAGAUAUUGCUGUAGUGUACCCUGAGAAUGUGACGGGUGUGGAUGACAUGCUCAAGUAUGUGAAUCUAGAUGGAGACACUGUCAUUUCAAUUCACACUGCUUGUGGUUCAAAGCAACUCGACUUUUCUUCUCCAGUUACUGUUCGUAAGCUGUUCAUUAGUUUUUUGGCAAUCUUGGAAAGUCCGCGGCGCAGUUUCUUUGAGAGAUUGUCACUGUUUGCAACAAAUGAAGAGGAGAGAGAGAAACUUGAGGAGCUGUCGUCACCUGAAGGUGUAGAUCUUCUCUACGACUAUUGCAUCCGCGAAAAAAGGACGUACGUAGAGGUAUUGACGGACUUUCCCAGCGUAAAGGUGCCGUUGACAAUUUUGCUGCAACUGAUCCCUCGUCAACAGCCCCGAUCGUACUCUAUCUCAUCGUCUGCUUUACUCCAUCCUGGACGCGUGCAUUUAACCGUGGCCAUUGUGGACUUCUUGACUCCGUACAAGCGCCGCCGACACGGUGUUUGUUCGUCAUUCUUCCAGUCACUGAACCCUUCCAUAGAGCAAAAGCGUGUACCAAUGUGGAUUAAGCACGGUCUAUUUGAGCCGCCUAGCUUAGAGCAAGACAUGCUGCUCGUUGGCCCAGGAACUGGAUUAGCUAGCAUGCGUGCGAUGCUGCAGGAGCGACGAUUUCUGCGCAAACAAGCAAGUGACAACAACUCGGGAGAUAUCUACCUCUACUUUGGAUGUCGCCAUGAAAGCAAGGACUUUCUGUACAAAGAUGAGUUGCGUGAACUCGUGACGUCAGGCGACCUCACCGAGUUACAUACUGCGUUUUCACGUGACCAGGAUCAUAAAAUCUAUGUCCAGACGCGUCUUGCAGAGAAUAGAGAGGCUGUUUUCAACUUUAUCAUGAACGGUGACGGGCGCAUUUACAUUGCUGGUUCCGCCAAACAAAUGCCAAACGAUGUUUAUGAGGUGCUUCGAGAUAUUUUGCGCUCAGUCGGUAAAUUGCCAUCACCACUUGCAGAAAAGGUGAUGAAGACAUUGGCUCGAAAGAAACGCUACGUGGUUGAAUCUUGGUCGUAA